UGCUUUUUACCAGUUUGCUUGCGCUUGCAACCCUCGUCGGCGCUACGGCUGCCCAGGUGCCGACGUCCACCUAUACCGUCCCAGGCCAAUUCCCGACUUCACUCUAUGAGUCUUACUACAACAAUCCCACUGCAACCUCCGCACAAGUGCAACCCGUCGUCUCGGAUCCGGUCACUAACAGCGUCUUCCCUGAGUGGCUGACGGACCCGGACAAUAUCCCUCAAAACAACACCAUCGACCCUCACCCGUUUCCCACAGCAGCCGCGUCCUCUGCGCUCGUCGAGCAAGCCGUCAAGCAGAUUCAGUCCAUCGCCAAGAACACCGCAGUGUUCGGCAGCAACACCUGCGCACAAUGCCAGGCCGGGCUCGAGGUCGCCAAAUUCGUCGCGCUCGCCGUGCCGGAUCAGUUCCCGGACUUCACGAUCGCGACCUGCGAAGCGUUCAACUACAGCACGACGUGUGAGCAGAGCUACAUGCGCAACACGCUCGGGUGGGUGUUUGCGCAGACGGCGUACUGGGCGGAUGUGGGAGGACAGGAUGGGCAGAUGCUGUGCUGGCAAUUCCUAGGCCUGUGCGACGAGCCGCCGACGAACCCGCUCAAUCUGACCGGCUGGUUCGCGAAGCCGAAGCCCGACCCACUGCCGGCGCCUAAGCAGCCGACCGGCGAGCGCAUGAAGGUGUUGCACCUUUCAGACUUGCAUAUUGAUCCCCGCUAUGCCAUCGGUGCCGAGGCAAACUGCUCGAGCGGCCUGUGCUGUCGCUCGAACGCGUUCAACACGGACAGCCCGCAGACGCCGCUUACCCCUGCGCCUCGGUUUGGCACGUACAACUGUCGAUAGCGACGCACCGUUUGCGCUGGUCGCCUCUGUGCUGGAGGCGAUUCCGCCGUUGACGGGGACUGAGGAUGGUGGAUUCAACUUCACGGUCUUUACAGGCGACAUGUUGUCGCAUGACCCGGAGUGGGAGCAGUCGCAAGCUUUCAACGAGUAUGCCGAGGUCGUUCUGUUCGACCUCUUCAAACGUAUGCUCGGACCUGGCGCGGUAUAUGCCACACUCGGGAACCACGACUCCUAUAACCAAGAUCUGGCAACACCCAUGUCUCGAGGCCAAGGGGAAGGCCAGGAGUUCAGCUGGUUGUACGACCACGUAUCCGCCCUCUGGGAAUACGAGGGCUGGCUCAACUCGACUGAAGCGGCUGCCGCCAAGGCACACUACGCUGCUUACUCCGUCCAGCGUACGGACGGCUUGCGCAUCAUCUCGCUCAACACGAAUCUUUGGUACAAGUGCGUAUUUUGGCUGGUCACCGGCGAUCAGCCAGGACCACAUGCUGAUCAGACCUGGCGAUGAUAACGUCUUUGGUCACGCAGGAGCAACUAUCUGAUUUAUGUCAACACUACAGAGGCUGAUCCGUCUGGCAUGUUGCGGUUCCUCACUGACGAGCUACAGGAUGCGGAGGAUGCCGGUGAUAAGGUGUGGAUUAUGGGCCACGUGCUGAGCGGAUGGGAUGGGUCAAAUUCGCUCAGUAAUCCCACCAACUUGUUCUACCAGAUGUACAUAUCAACGUAUUGUGUUGCUAGAUGAUAGACUCUGACCAGUGACCAUCAGCGUGGAUCGGUUCUCGCCGCACGUCAUUGCGAACAUUGUGUUCGGCCACACGCACGAGGACGAGUUUAUGAUUUACUACGCGAACAACGCUACGAACCAGAGCGCUGAGACUGCGCUCACCACCGGCUGGAUUGGACCAUCAGUAACGCCGCUGACGAACCUGAACUCUGGGUUCAGGGUGUACGAGGUCGACUCUGGAACGUUCGAGGUCGUUGAUGCGUACACGUGGCGAAGUGCCGUGAACGAGUACCCCGCCCUCGACAACCAGACCGUGUACGGCCCGACGUACGAGUUCGAGUAUAGCACACGCGAAGCUUAUGGCACCAACAUCACCUGGGGCGCGAACGAUCCGCUCAACGGGACGUGGUGGCACCUCGUUACCGAAGAGUUCGAGAAAUACCCGGAGCUUGUGCAGCAGUUCACGAUGUACCAGGGCAAGGGCUCACCACUGAGCCCGAACUGCACAAGCACCGAGUGCGUUGAGGCCAAGAUCUGCUACAUGCGGAGCGGCUCCGCGAGUAUUGGGAAGAACUGUAUCCAGGGGUAUGCGUCUGUGCAGUAGGCCUCUCGUGCUUGAGGGUAUGCUUUGGGGUGUAUAAAGGAUAAUUGCAUCGUGUUAUAGAAUGCAAUGCGUGUCCUGACGAUACGCUCAACGACUCAUGCAAGUGAACGGGUUCGAUCCGAGCUGACAGGCUCUCACUACGACAACCCGAGAAGACGCUAUCCAACGCAAUUCUCCUGGCUACAGUGCCUCGCGGGCGUAUCCGGCUCUUCCCUCAAUCAUGAUGCUUUCUUUGUGAUGUUCUUUCCAAUUACGAUCAAUUUGGACUCCCAGAUUCAAUCAGCCGCCGCGUCCGUCAACUACGGCAACCCUCGUCUUAUGAAUAGACUGGCCUUUUCUAUAGUCUGUCGGGGCCCUUAUUUAGGCGCAUCCCACAUUUCGAGAAACGUCGUUGACCCCAUCUCUUCCCUCGUCCAGCGGGAUACAACAACUCCUGCCAGCGACCAUGCUUUGCGCCAGUUUGCUCGCGCUUGCAGCUCUCGCCGGCGGUGCAACAGCUCAGAUCACGACGUCCACCUACAUCGUAGCAGGCGCAUUCCCGACUUCCCUCUUCGCGUCUUACUACAACAAUCCCACUGCGACAUCGGCCCAGGUACAACCGGUCAUCUCGGAUCCCGUUACCAAUAGCGUUUUUCCUGAAUGGCUGACGGACCCAGACAAUAUCCCCCAGAAUAACACGAUCGACCCGCAUCCGCUACCCACAGCUGCUGUAUCCUCGGCGCUAGUCACUCAGGCCGUCAAGCAGAUCAGGUCUAUUGCCGCAAACCCUGUGUUUGCGGACAAUACAUGUACGCAGUGCCAGGCAUCUCUCGAAGUCGCGAAACUAGUCGCGCUCGCGGCCCCAGACCAGUUCCCGGACUUCACGAUUGCAGUCUGCGAGGCACUCAACUACAGCUCAACGUGCGAGCAGACUUACAAGCGCAAUUCGAUUGGUUGGGUGCUCGCGCAAACUGCGUAUUGGGCGGACGUUGGAGGAUAUGACGGCCAGCUUCUGUGUUACGAGUUCCUCGGCCUGUGUCCAGAGCCGCCGACGACUCCACUGAAUCUGACUGGAUGGUUUGCGAAGCCGAAACCUGAUCCACUGCCUGUGUCCAAGCAACCGACCGGGGAGCGGAUGCGGGUCUUGCAUAUAUCUGAUCUACACAUUGACCCCCGAUACUCGACAGGCUCUGAAGCCAAUUGUUCGAGUGGCUUGUGCUGUCGCUCGAAUGAAUACAAUUUAAACAGCCCGCAGGCACCACUGCUUCCAGCACCUCGUUUUGGCUCGUAUAACUGCGAUGCGCCUUUUGCGUUGGUAACCUCAGUGCUUGAGGCCAUUCCGCCGCUCACGGGCACGCAGGAGAGCGGGUUCAACUUUACUGUCUUCACUGGUGACAUGCUAUCCCAUGACCCGCAGUGGGAACAGUCUCAGGCUUUGAACGAAUACGCCGAAGUCAUCUUGUUUGACCUCUUCAAGCGUAUGCUUGGCCCUGGACCUGUGUAUGCAACCCUUGGGAACCAUGACUCGUACAAUCAAGAUUUGGCAGCACCAAUGUCUCUUGGUCAAGGUGAAGGCCAGGAGUUUAGCUGGCUUUACAACCAUGUCUCUGCCCUUUGGGAGUAUGAAGGCUGGCUCAAUGCAACCGAAGCCUCAACCGCCAAGGCACAUUAUGCAGCCUAUUCUGUCCAGCGCAUGGACGGCCUGCGCAUGAUCUCUCUCAACACUAAUCUUUGGUUCAGAAACAACUACUUUAAUUACAUCAAUGCAACAAAUUCGGACCCGUCGGGAAUGCUGCGUUUCCUCACUGAUGAGUUGCAAGAUGCCGAAGAUGCAGGCGAUCGCGUGUGGAUCAUGGGCCAUGUUCUCAGCGGCUUUGACGGUACCAACCCUUUGAAGAACCCAACGAACUUAUUCUACCAAAUCGUAGACCGGUUUUCCCCACAUGUCAUUGCUAACACAGUGUGGGGACAUACGCACCAGGACGAGAUGAUGAUUUACUAUUCGAACAAUGCCACGAACCAAAGCGCUGAAACCGCACUCAACACUGGCUGGGUUGGGCCUUCUGUGACCCCUCUGACCAACCUCAACUCCGGGUUCAGGGUUUACGAGGUUGACUCUGGCACUUUUGAAGUCCUCGAUGCCUACACCUGGAGAAGCGCCGUGAACGAGUAUCCAGCUCUUGAUAAUCAGACAGAGAACGGCCCGGCAUUUGAGUUUGAGUACAGCACACGCGAUGCGUACGGGACAAACAUUACAUGGGGCACGAAUGAUCCGCUCAACGGGACGUGGUGGCACCUCGUCACUGAAGAGUUCGAGAAAUACCCAGAGCUCGUGCAGCAGUUCCAAAUGUAUCAGAGCAAGGGAUCACCGUUGAGCGUGAACUGCACGAGCAGCGAAUGCGUCGCGGCCAAGAUAUGUUACAUCCGGAGUGGUUCGGCGUCCAUCGGCCAACAGAACUGUGCCCAGGGUUAUCAGUCUGCUGUGUAGUAUGAGGUGUAAGUGAUUGAUGCUCUCCGCAAUGUAUCCCUGUUGCAACCGUUCACGCGCACGCGUGGAAACGUUGACUGUGCUCUUGCGCGUAUGCUUGCUGUUCUGCAACGGUUGCCAUUAUAUUUUGUACAGGCAUGGCAGAAUAUUCUGGAACACGACAACAGCAUCUCAUAAAAGCAGUUCAAGAAGUUUACCCCAAACAUGCAAUGCCG